GCAUUUCGCGCUUUGGGAAAUAUAUAUUGGCUUUUCUCAAGUGAUCUGUUCCGUCAUUCAAGCACGCCUGAUCUGUCUAAAUUAAUACUUCCUUGUCAACCUGAUAUACAAGAAAAAAUUGAGGAAUUUGUUUUGGAGGAAAUUGACAACUAUAGAAACAUAUAUUACGAAGCUGAAGCAAAAAUUAUCGAGGAAAGAAAAAACAAGGAAAUCGAGGAGAGAAAUCAAGGAAUUGAUGAAAAUAUACAAGACUCGGAAAGGCCUAUCAAAAAACCAACAAAAAAUGUUGACGUUAUCAUAAAUCCAGAAGAAAAAUAUCAUAUAAUGGAAGUUAUUGGUACCCUCUUGCGUGGUGUAAGAGGCGGGUGGUUUCAUGUAUCCCAUGCAGUCAGUGUGCUCUGCCAGUUUGGAACCCUUGGAGGUGAUCUUGACGAGGUUAUUAAGAAGUUGAUACAUGAAUUUAAGGAACAGAUAUUAUCCGGGGAAGCUAAACAGUUUGCGACCGUUUUCAUCUCUUCAUUGAAAAAGUCCCAUUCGCUCUAUGCAAGUGGACGUGUUGGAUCUAUGAAUGGAACCUCUUCCCUUGCACGACUUUGUUCACAUGCACUACAAUCCCGAGAUACUCGCGAAAAAUCAUCAUUAAGGGAUGCUGAACACAUAGUAGAAUUACACAAAGAAGGAAUUUCGUAUAUCACAUCAAAAAUCUUGGAGUAUCAACGCACCAACAAUACUGAAGCCGUUCCGAGAAUGAUCAAAUUUUUCAAAAUAUUAGGCAUGCUGUUAACCGGAGUUGGCUCCAGUGACGCGCAUAAAAUAGAAUCAAUCCUCAAAGAAGAACUUGAAUCACGAAAAAUAGAUGUGAUAGAAUCAGAAAAACAGUGGGAACCUUAUUAUUCAUACCUUCUCAGGGUCAGCAAUGCUGCGACUAAAGGUGUCAGUAAAAAAGGUAAUAACGCAAAAUCGUCGCUUAAAAAGAAACGUCGUCCGUCAGAUCCGAAACGUAAUUCGAGAGAUCAUCAUGUCGACUCGAAUUCCGAGAAUCAAGAAAAUAAUGAAGAGCUCGUCACCCCGUCAUUAGGCAAAUCAAGGAAUGGUAACGUUGCACCACCAUCAUUCGGCGAUGAGGAAGCAAACAACUCUUUGAACAACAACGAAAUGCCUUCAUCGAUCAAACGGUCUGCACCGGUUGAUGAUGACGCGGAAGUCACAAAAUCUCCUCCAAAGAAAAGGAGAUCAUCGACAAAAAGAAAACCAAGUCACGAGGAAAUAAUAAAUAAUGAAGGGAUACUUGACAACGAUGAAUCAGAUAGGGAAAGCGCCGAGAGUUUUCAGAGUGUUUCCGAUAUAAGAAACAAAAAAAGG